AUGGCCGAAAUCGCCAAACACGAAAGCGUCAUCGUAAAGUUGAACACGGGUCUGGGAAAGACUUUCAUCGCAGUCAUUGUCAUAAAUCAUCACCUGCCCGAAACAUACAAACCGCUCUCUGAAGGGGGCAAGCGAAUUGUCUUUAUAUGCAAGACCGGUAAGAGUUUAUUGUCACCGGUUUCACUUCAUUCGUCUAAUCUACUGAUUGAUUAAUUCGCCAAUCAUGUCGUUCAGGUUUUUUAGCCGACGUAUAUGUAUUUGGGGGCUGUUUUCAAUCUCAGUAAUUUUUUAACUUUUUGUUUUUGCUCAUGGGUUCGAAUUCGCCUUACUCACUCUCAUACGAACACGCUAAUCACCCAGAAGGAAUGAAUAAGUAGCUGAUUCCAAAGAUCAUCUUCCUAUCCCUCUUUUAUAUUCUAUUGUUGAAGAGCCUUCUCUUUUUCAUUGUAUAUUUACAUAUGUUAUGGGCAAAAUGACAGUCGACAAAGACAAGGGAGACCAAAAUUGCCGUUUCGGACUUAUUAACUGUCAUCAGCCAACUGUACCCAACCCCUGGGGCUUGAAACCUCUGAGGCUUGAACCUGUUGCUUCUUGAUCAGAAGUCCAACGCCCUGGCAACAGACUCAUUGUCCUGUCGGUUGCGAUCGGGCUCUAUGCACAUGGUGGCGGAACACUCACCGAUCGUGUUAUUAGGGAUAUCGAUGGCCGACAACGACUUAUAAGCCAGACUUGGCCAUUCCAGUCUCCCUUGUCUUAUCCUGUAAUGUCGGUGCUGGUGACGGUUAUGGUGAUCGCCAGCGCUAACAAACAGGUGAGAGAAUUUCUCGAAGCAUGGUACUUCAACACAAACAGCUUCAAGCGCCAUCUUGACCUGUACGCUCACUACGUAGGUCUGCGUUUACGGCCCACUGGCUUGCUCUCACCCUAAAACUACAGCUGCUAAUCAAUGCUCGGUCAUGCGGAACCUCAUUGAUUCGGCACCUCUCCGAAACCGAACCACAACUGGAACUCUCAACACCCCCUCACCUCCGGCAUCUAUCUUAAAAUGCUUUUGAUCCCCUCAUAUGGACGUCUGUUUGUGCGAUUCUCCUACUCCCCACUAUUCAUUUCUUUCGACAACGGCUUGGUGUGACCAGCUUGAAAAUUCUCGAGUUCAACCCGCUUUUCUGACGGACUUCUGCUUUCAUUAUAUUACCUUGGAAUGAACACUACCUACAUUAUUCAUAUGCAUAUACAUAUAAUGGUGGAGGAGGAUGCUCACCGAUCGUGUUACGAAACUCACUCAUCCCGUUGUGCCCUAAGGUUAUCUCUCGAACCCCACAAGUCACCAGUCUGACAUACUUUUGGACUUUGACGAACUUUUAGUGUCGUCUUCUUUUGCUCUCCAUUUAUAGUUCACCUGGUCUAUCAACAUGCUGAAUUCCUUCGGACACAGCUGCCUAUUCCCUCGGAAGAGGUUGGCAUUUUCCAUGGUACCGUUGCACCCGGUGUUUGGAUUGACAGCUGGGAUCAGGUAGACUGACGAUUGCUUGCCUCUGUUUUCAUUUGCUCAUUUCAAUUACUUCAGAAACUUUUGUUAUUCGCAUCUCUGCCGAUAUCUCCGAUUUUUGUGUUUCCACCCGAUCUGUGAACUAGUGGUGAUUGCCUGCUUGUGACCCCAGCCACCUUUGUUUCGCGAGCACACUGAAUCGGCCCACAGCCACUCACUUCUGAAUAUGUAUAUAUAUAUAUACGAGAAGAAGAGGUGAUAUGAGGAACCGUAAUUGUGUUUCCUGACGCGUUUUAUGAGCAGGCAAGCUUUCACACUCGGAGAUGAUUGCUGCUCAGCCAACGUAAUAUGUGAAAGUUGAUAACCAUGCUAGCGCGCCGCCCGUAAGGUGGUUGGCUCUGCAGUCUUGGUGAUGGAGGGAGGUGGGAGAGCGGCUUCGUUGGAUCGUCUUCACGCCUUCUGUUGUCGUGCCGAUCUGUCCAGGGCUGAUAUGUUGCCGCUGCCGGUCGUCUUGUUCCUAUCUCGUUCAUGUUAUCUCUACGAACAUGGGUUCGUCUGCACCUGAGUUUACGUUUUUUCUUGGCUCUUGUGCACAUAAAGCUUUGCUCAGGUGGACUGAAAGUCAGUUACCUUCAGCUUAUUUUAUGUUCGAUUACAUAUCAACUCCUUUUCUAUCGGCAUACCUUCCAAUCCCUCUGCUGUUGGCCGCAUUUGGCUCGGUAGAUGGUUUGAAGAAGAAGAUGUGCUCACCGGAACAGCUUUACUUACAUGCUGACGUUUCAAAGAGCUUGGUCGGCUCUCAAUUGUCAAAGCGUAAAAUGCACUUAAUCGACCUGAAAUCCCAUGUAGCGUGUCUCGUUGGUCGGCCUCCUGCUGAUCGAUCUUUCUCUCCUCUCGCUGCUUCGGCCUGUUGGAGGAUGGUUGAUGGGCGUUUUGUGUGCGUGUGUUGUGAGUCAUCACUCCGUCGGGGGGAGCUGAUUGAACCUUUCUCGGGUAGUCGGUCGGGCGGUUCUUGUUCUUCUUCACCGAGUAAACUCGCCGUCGGGCUGUCUCCGUGUGGCCUCCUUAAGUCCGGUGUGGUUGUUCGGCCCUAAGCUCUACGAUUGUGAUGACGUAGGACUUAGUAAACUGCAGGAAGAUCCAGAUGCCUGUUGAUGGAGUGGGCAUCGGAGAACCACGCCCAUAGAGUUAGCCGUUCUGCUUUUGUGUUGGUCCGGCCUAAGAUGGUAGCCCGCUGGAGAUCGAAAGUAUGCCUCAUCUAAAUGUACUUUAACUAAACAUGUGCAACUGGAAAUCAUUCUCGAUAAUGACGGUGUUCUGAAGAUGAAGGCAAUGCACUAGACAGAACGAGACAGCUAGCGGUACACCAGCAUCGAUUUUGUGAUGGUGCUGAUCGUCUGGGUUCUAGGAAUGUCUGAAUGGCAGACGAAGAUCGCGCCGCCACGAGACUUUAGCUCCUAAACCGGGGGUAUUCUUAUGCCAAACCGGAGCUGAGUGGUACAUUUUUAUAGUAGCUCGCUGAAAAUCAGUAGAUGGUUGACUGUUUAUGAGCCCUGCCAGCCAAUCGAGACUGCUUUUUUCCGAAAGGACUGUCGAUCGGUCCACACCCACUUGCGUGUGAAUAUAUAUGUAUAGGCAUACACAGAAGAUGUAAACAUAUACAUACGAGAGUUCGGCCGUCGUGACUGACAAUGUCCACUGCGUGCUCCAGAGCAGGGUGGGAGCAGGGACAGUGACUUGCGCGCGUAAACUCGUCCAUAAUAACAGGCUUGCACUGCAUCUACCGCACUCUCUCCUCUCCCACCUGGGUCGGCGUUAAGACAGAGUCAAAAAGACUGAACUUGAGGGAGGUUGCGGGUGGUUGACGCGGUGGAAAUCCGCUCCUAACCUCACAAGCUCAGAUCUCACUAAGUGGGAGCGCCAUAAAGGCCACAUUAGGAAGGAGCCAUUUCAGCCUGAUUCCCAGUCCGCCAGUCGACCAAUCUACGCAAACACACACACUGGGGCGACUUCGAGGUCAGACUUAUCGCGUAAGUUGGAAGCCUUCCAGUCUAGAGAUUUUAGCGCACCGUGAUAGAUUUAAGCUCGUCAGCUUGUUUUUAGGGAGGGAUGUACUCUAAGACAGUCGGCCUCUCUCUUACCAUUGCCAUGCAUCAAUCCACCAUCCGAGCCGGUCAACCAUCGGAUGCUGAGGUCACUGACAGAACUGAGAACAAGACACGAUCGCUGGGGCAAGAGCUUUACUAGUCUGACGUUUCGGAUUCCUGCUCGGACUCAUCAUCAGAGACAAAAGCGGGCACGUAUCUGCCUUUGUCUCUGAUGAUGGGUUCGAGCAGGAAUCCGAAACGUCAGACUAGUAAAGCUCUUGCCCCAGCGAUCGUGUCGUCUUCUUCAUGACUACUUCCUGGGACUCGUCUUUUCGCUUCCAUUGAGAACGGAGAACAGCCCACUUGCGUGUGAAAUACACACGACCUGAUCCCCCAUACACACACGUCAGGAUUUCACAUAAAAGGGUGUAGACUGUCCAGAUCUCACAUGUAGCAGAGGAGCCGCAUGAAGAAAGCAGUCGAAGAGCACAAUUUCCACUGUUAACUUUGUACAUUUUCACUCCUUCAUGUAAUUGUAUUGGCCUGACGAAGAAUUACCGAAAACACAUGUUAGCCAAUUUGACUUUUCGAUUGUAACAUGGGAAUAUUCGCUGAAUUUCCACCUACUUGAGAGGUUCCGGCACUCGUGAUUGACCGACCAGACCGAUUCGUGUGGUGACCAUGCAAUCACAAUGAGGACAAGCUGGGACCGAGUCCAUAUCGCUGGUGCAGGGUAGGGGUCGACGAGGCGUCGUCUUUUGUCGCGGAGGUUGUGGCAGGGAUAAUGGAGGUGACGGCGAUCGACGGCGGCGGAUAUCGAGAGUGUGAUCAUCGGUGGUGAGGGAAGUUGUUGUCGUGGACUCCUCAGGGUCGGUGCAGGGUUGACAAUGGGGCGGUUGUGGAGACAGUAGUUGGGGUUGUAGGUUGCUGUCGAAUUGGAGCCCGAGAUAUCCUACCAGACCAAUCUGUUUGCAGGUUGCUCGCCAAAAGUAUCAGUAUGUUGGAAGAGGUUGGGUAUUUCCUUUGGUGAUCGAGGGCUCUUGCGACUUGCAGGCCGCUCUCUCGACUUUGACAGCGUCUGUCCGGUCGGCCUCAUCAUCUCUGUCCUUGUCCAGACUGGUCAGUCCUGUGCGAGGUAUUCCCAGGUCUUGGAGUUGAUUUUUAGGCGCUUCAAACAGUUCUUUAGGAUGUCCUUGUCGGUGAGCAGCCCUGCCGACAUCUCCAUAGAAAGGCCAUUUGUGUAGUGGCUCAUCGUCCAUUUUCACGUGUUGGCCGUACCAUCGCAGUCACUGUUGCCUCAACAGGACGUGAAUUCUGGGGUUUCUGGUCCGGACAUUUCCGAAAUUCCGUCCUGUCACCUCCGCGCUUGUUUUUGUAGAUUGUCCUGAUCUCCGCACCCUUCCGGCAGCGUCGUCAAGCUGACAGCUUUGAACAUCUUGCGUUUUGUGUUGAGAUGGAGACCGUGACAAUUCCACACGGAAUUCUGCAGUCGGCUGAGGGCCAGGUUGGCUUCGCAGAUCCGGUGUGCGACUUCACUGUUGACUUUGAUGCAGCCUGA